CGUAUAAAGUCGGGGCCCGGCGGCGGCGGCGGCUGCGGCGACGCUCUGCGAGUCCGGGUCCUCGGCCGCCGCUCCGUGCCGAGCGCGCACUCCAGCCUCCCCGCCCGCACCAUGCGCCGCCGCCAGCUCCCCCUCGUCCUGCUGGCGCUGGUCCUCUGCCAGGCGCCCCGGGGCCCCGCCGCCCCGCUGCCGGCGGGCACGGGCACCGCGCUGGACAAGAUGUACCCGCGCGGCAACCACUGGGCCGUGGGGCACCUGAUGGGGAAAAAGAGCACGGGAGAGUCCCCGUAUGUUUAUGAAGGGGGGAGUCUGAAGCAGCAGCUGCAGUAUAUUCUUUGGGAAGAAGCUGCAAGGAAUUUGCUCAGCCUCAUGGAAGGAAAGGGGACCGGAAGCUAUCAGCCACCUCAAAGGGAGUUCCUGGCCAUCCGCCAGUCCCCUUGGGAUUCCCAGGAUGGCAGCGCCUUUAAAGUUGUAGGUUCAAAACGUAAAGUGAUGGGCAACUUGUACCUUAAACUAAGUACUGGCCCGAGCAGUUUGCCCGCAUUUUCUCUGUGAAUGCUCACAGCAGCCUUCAGAGGAAGAUUCGAGAAAAUCCUACUGUUCUCUCCAUUUUAAAGGUGAGGAAACAGAGAGUAGGCACAUAGCUCUUCAGCGGCGAGAGCAGGGCAGGGGCCGGCGCUGUGUCCCUUGGACGGUAUGCUGCCAUGUGAGACGUCUCCUGGGGACCGGCUGGUCCUCGCUGACCUCAAAUAUGAAGGAUGCAGGCUACAGAAGUAGCGUGAAGGACCUCGGGAGGAAGACUCUAGUAGCCUUCAUUCACAAAGAAAAUCUGGAUUAAAUCAACGGAUACAGAAAUAAGUAGCAACUUCGCACAAAGUCCUGAGUGAUGCUCUCGCUCACAUCUGCGGUCUAGGUGUCACGACCGGCUCCCUUCUUUGUUGGGGGGGUGACAUGGCCCCGAGGGCUUGGGGGGGUUUGUGACUGACUUCUCAGCCCCUGGCUGAGGCCUUUUCUUGGUCAGCUGACUUUAUGGACUUCCUGUGGCUGGAUGUCCAACAGCAGUGCCUUCUCCUUUGAAGACUAAUGACAAUUGCCAUCACAAAACCCUCCAAAGCAAUUUCACAGACGCUGAAAUGGACGUACGCUCAUAGCUCAUGCGUUUUGUUUUAAUUUGAUUUUAAUGUUUAUUUAUUUUUGAGAGAGAGAGAGAGAGAGAGAGAGAGACAGAGCGUGAGUGGGGGAGGGGCAGGGAGAGAGAGGGAGACACAGAAUCCGAAGCAGGCUCCAGGCUCCGAGCUGUCAGCACACAGACCGACGCGGGGCUCGAACCCACGAACCGCGAGAUCGUGACCCGAGCCGAAGUCGGACGCUUCACCGACAGAGCCACCCAGGGGCCCCCCCGGCUCAUUCAUUUUUGAACGAAACUACAACAUCCCUUUGAGUUGCUUUGUUCCUCCAAACCCGGCCCUGCAUAACUUUGGAGGGUUUUCAAAAAAAAUUCAGCUCUGUCCUUAAAGAUCAAAAUUUUCCUGCCAUAUUCAGAAGAACAUUCUGUAAGCAGCGAAGCCAAUUAUGAAAGAAUAGGUCUAGAGAGAUCUCUGAGUGGUCGUAGUACAGGGUGGGUUGAGUGGGCAGUCACAGACAGUGAGUGUUUCAGGGGGACAAUGUUUAUCAGCAUUCAUGUGACCGGAGGGGAAAAAAUCAUCUUUUUUAUAAUCAGGCCUCGCUUUCCUACUACAUCUUUUUAUGUUUUGGUCUUCUUUACAAGUUUAGAAAGCCCAUUCCAUUUCAUUCCACCUUAGGUUGAAUAAUUAACUAUUGCACACGUGGGUGCCAUUCUUUUGGAUACAUUUCCCAGCGAUAUGAAAAAAGUCCAUGGCUGGAGUCGUUGUUGCCUAGACCAAAAGAGUCUGUUUACCCUCCUUGCUUUGGAAAUUCCAUCUUCGUGAAAGAAUGUGGAUGUGCAAAUUGAAAACACCUUACAGUUAUCUUAGUCACAAAGAGGGAGUACCACGAGAAUAGAUCUAUUAGAAAUCCAUACAUUGCUCAGUGUUAGAAAGAGGUUUAAUAACUUAGCCAAGCAUUGCCAGAAGGUAGCAGCCGGAAUUUUCAGGGACUGAAGGACUUUUCUUAAAAUUAA